GAAAACUUGGGUGUGGGCAGGGGCUUCUAGGAACUUUAACAUAAAGGUCAGCACGUGGGAACUGAUUUGCUUACUCUAAUGAGCUGCACCUUCCAAACCUGGCUUCCCUAUCCCUACUUUAAUAAAAUCCAAACAAUUUGAAUUCUAGCAUUUCAGCUGGCCGUAUCUGGACUCCAAUGCAGGAAUGGGUUGCAAACCAACAACCUGAUCCAGAGGCAGCAAUCCAGGAAAGCAAAGAUUAUCAGAAGAUCGGCUGGAUGUCGGAAACAUCAGGCAGAACUGCAAGAGGAGCUGAGAUGGCAACUGGGCUGCGGUAUCCCGGCAAGGUGGUCAUAGUAACUGGGGGCACACGGGGCAUCGGUGAAGCGAUUGUCAGAGAAUUUGCCCACCAAGGAGCCAAAGUGGUGUUCUGUGCCCCAGAACGCGAAGAAGAACAGGGGAAGAAGAUUGUGCAGGAAUUGGAGUUUUGUGGGGGCCCUGGGGAAGUUUACUUCCAGAUCUGUGAUGUUCGCUGUGAAAAAGCUAUUCAGAAUCUGGUUGCUGUGACCAUUGAACUUUAUGGACGCCUUGACUGCUUGGUGAACAAUGCUGGAAUCGCUUCCCGUUCAAAACCAAUCGAUAACAUCACUACAGAAGAAUUCCAAAAUGUCAUGGACACCAAUGUUGUCGGCUGCUUCUUGGCAUCUAAGUAUGCUCUGCCUUACCUCCGAAAAACAAAAGGGAACAUCAUCAACAUUGCCAGUCUUUUGCAUAUUACUGGGGCCAAGCACACAGUGCCCUAUGUCUCAAGCAAGGGUGCUAUAAGUGCGAUGACAAAAUCCCUGGCUAUUGAUGAGAGCAAAUAUUGUGUCCGAGUCAACAGCAUUUCACCCGGCAUGAUCUGGACUCAACUGCAGGAAUGGGUUCUAAACCAACAACCUGAUCCAGAGGCAGCAAUCCAGGAAAGCAAAGAAUAUCAGCUUUUGGGACGGAUGGGGACUCCUGCAGAGAUUGCGAAGGUUGCCCUGUUCCUUGCUGCCGAUGCCACAUUCUGCACAGGACUUGACCUUGUGGCCAGUGGUGGAGCUGAGCUUGGCUUUGGCCGUAAGAGUCAAGUUGCUUCUGGAUGUGGCUCUAAAAACUACAGCCAGCAGCUAAUACAGCCUAUGAGAAUAAUGCACUGGAAGUUGUUUUGGUGCCCCAUUCCAACCACAUCCUUCAACCCAGAGCUGUGCCAAGGAAUAGUUCCCAUGACAUUCCCUGAUAUUGUCUGGAUGCAGGAAACAUCAAGCAAAACUGCAAGAGGAGCUGAGAUGGCAACUGGGCUGCGGUAUCCCGACAAAGUGGUCAUAGUAACCGGGGGCACCCGCGGCAUCGGUGAAGGCAUUGUCAGAGAAUUUGUCCACCAAGGAGCCAAAGUGGUGUUCUGUGCCCCAGAAUGUGAAGAAGAACAGGGGAAGAAGAUUGUGCAAGAAUUUGACUUUUGUGGGGGCCCUGGGGAAGUUUACUUCCAGAUCUGCAAUGUUCGCUGUGAAAAAGCUAUUCAGAAUCUGGUUGCUGUGACCAUUGAACUUUAUGGACGCCUUGACUGCCUGGUGAACAAUGCUGGAGUCCAUCCUAGUUAUAAAACAAUUGAUAACACAACUACAGAAGAAUUCCAUGAAGUCAUGGACAUCAAUGUGGUCGGCUACUUCUUGACAUCUAAGUAUGCGCUGCCUUACCUCCGAAAAACAAAAGGGAAUAUCGUCAACAUUUCCAGCAUUGUCAAUAUUAUUGGGGACAGGCAAUCUCUAGCCUAUGUCUCAAGCAAGGGUGCUAUUAGUACAAUGACAAAAGCCCUGGCCAUCGAUGAGAGCAAAUAUUGUGUCCGAGUCAACAGCAUUUCACCAAGCAAUACCUGGACUCCAGCAUGGGCAAGGGAGGCAAACGAAUCACCCAAUCCAGAGGCAACGAUCCAGCAAGGCAAAGAUGCUCAGCUUAUGGGACGAUUUGGGACCCCUGCAGAGAUUGCGAAGGCUGCCCUGUUCCUUGCUGCUGAUGCCACAUUCUGCACAGGAUUUGACCUUGUGGCCAGUGGUGGCGCUGAGCUUGGCUUUGCCCAUAAGAGCCCAUUUACUCCUGGAUGUGGCUCUAAAAACUAGUAGAGUCAACCAGGAUGGGAAGAUGCAGUGGCUACAAGCGUGAAUGCCCAUCUAUUUGAUUUCCACCUCACAAGGUAGUUAUAUCCAUGCAUUGUAGCCCAUGCAGAAAAGUGUGGGAGGAUUCAUGCCUCCGUCUAAAUGUUUGACUAUAACUCCCAGAAGCCAUCAGCUAAUACAGCCUAUGAAAAGAAAGCACUUGAUGUUGUAGUCCAGCGACAUCUGGAGGUUCCUGAGUAAUCAUGAUGUACAGAGAUGUAAUACAUUCAGAAUUGAAGCUGCCUUGCCCCAGGGCUCCCUUUCUGUUUUGGAAAGCAGAAUGCCAACAGAUACAGCUUUUCCAAUUUGCAUUUUCCAUAUAAGACGACCAAAAUGCUUUUGGAAUUCUAGAUCUGUGGUUUCCAGCAUUUAAUCCUUCAGUUGUUUUGGUGUGCCAUUCCAACCACAUCCUUCAACCCAGAGCUUUGCCAAGGAAUAGUUCCCUUCGAUAACAUUCCCAGAUUGGAACGUAGGUAUAAGAUUUAGCAAAUUGCCCCCAAAUUUGGACUGUAAAAUCCACUUCCAAGAGACCUGCCUCCCACAUCAAAAAAGGUCAAGAGACCCAGAAUGGUGCAAAUUGGAUGACCUAUCCUGUUGGAAUAGCUGCCUGAAUAGCAAAGGGAAAUGCUGCUAAAUAUUGGGGGCAUAGGAAAAGUGUGAGGAAUGUUCAGUCUCUGGAUAAAUACUUUUUCCCACCCAAGGAAAUGAUGGCAAUUUCCCCUUGAUAUUGUAAUGCUAACAACAAACAUGUCUUCUCAUUUACAGUAUGAACAAUUUCAAUUUGUAUACUCCAUGAACAUUUAAUGCUGCAUAUUUCAACAGCAACACAGAUGACUCACCCUCACUCUCCAUUUGUCCUGCCCCAAUCUUUGAUGUGCGGAUUGAUAUUCUUAGGAUUAUACCCCUUUCUCAGAUUUCAGGCCCCUUCCUGGUAUUUUCCUUUUCCUUUCUUCUCCCCAAAAUGAGCUUAGAAUAGCUAAAGGAAGGAUCCAAGUCUCUUUUCUAUCUGCUAUGUAGUUCUCUUGAAUAAAGCUUUUUGUAACUUUAA